CUCGUCGUCAUUACCUUUCUUAGUUUCAGCGAAAAAAGAUGUGUCUUUAGUUUAAAGAAACAAAUAUUUUUCUAACAUGAGUUCGUUGGUAGAUUCGGCUUGCAAUGGUACUAUAGAGGCUUUAGCUGAAGGCCCAAUGGGCCCUUCUAGUGGAUCUCUGUUUGCGUCUGCAGUCAGUACUUUGUUGGCCACGCAAUGCGCUAUCGCAAAUCCUUCUCAGUGGCCAAGCGAUAGGACUGAAGAUGCAUUGAAAGUUUCAGAAUUCGACUUCAUAAUCGUUGGCGCCGGUUCAGCCGGCUCGGUAGUUGCUAACAGACUCACAGAAAAUCCUGACUGGAAUGUACUUUUGAUUGAAGCUGGUGGUAACCCAUCCGUGGAAUCUGAGUUGGUUGGUUUGUUUUUCGAGAACUUUCACUCACGAAAUGAUUGGGGCUACCGAACCGAACCUGAAAAAAACGCAUGCUUAAGUUCGAAAAACCAUCAGUGUUACUGGCCCAGAGGAAAAACCCUCGGUGGAAGUAGCAGCAUCAACGGCAUGUUCUACGUACGAGGGCAUAGAGCAGACUUUGAUGAGUGGGAAAGCCUUGGAAACAAAGGAUGGGGAUAUGAUCAAAUACUACCUUACUUCAUAAAAAGUGAAAGAUUAACAGAUGAUACUAUGAACGACGACGAAAAAAACUCAUAUCAUGGGCUAAAUGGUCUUCUCAAAGUAGGCAAACAUAAGGGCCAAUCUCAACUCAGUGACAUCAUUAUCAAUGCAUACAAUGAGGUUGAUAUGCCAACAAUUGAUGAUAUUAACGGGAAAGAUAGCGUUGGGGUAUUCAAGACUUUGGCCACAGUUCAUGACGGCCGUCGGAUGAGUACCGCUCGUUGUUUUCUAUCUACAAUCAAAAGCAGGAAAAACCUUUAUGUAAUCAAGAACACGUUAGCGACAAAAAUAUUGUUUAAAGAUAAUACAGCUAUUGGGGUGCAAAUAGAUCAGUCGGGAAAAAUAUUUGAAAUAUGGGCAAAAAAAGAAGUAAUUAUUUCUGGCGGCGCAGUCAAUACACCCCAGUUACUCAUGCUCUCUGGUAUUGGUCCUAGUACCCACCUUAAAGAAAUGGGUAUUCCAGUUUUAGUUGACCUGCCAGUAGGAAGAAAUCUGCAGGAUCAUGUUACCAGUCACACUUUUAUAAAACUAAACACUGAAAUCAAACCUUUACAAAAAACUGAAUUCAAUUCCUUUGUGACGGAAUAUUUAGCUCAUCAAACUGGCCCUUUUACGAAUAUUGGUCCCACUGAAGUGAUAUCCUUUGCUAACGUUUUCAAUAUAACGAGUACAGUACCAAACAUUCAAUACCAUAAUUUAUUGAUACUGCCACGUUUACAUCAUUCUAUGGAUUUGUAUGGCCUACACGAAUUCGAUGAUAGCUCCUUAAACAUAUUACACAGAUUAUUUGACGAGAAUGCUUAUAUUGGUAUUCUAGGUGUUUUACUGAAACCUGAAUCCAGGGGAGAAAUUCUUUUAAAAACCACAAACCCACAAGAUAAAGUUCUAAUUUACGCUAAUUACUAUGAUAGUCAAAAUGAUAUGGAGACAACGAUCAAUGCAAUUGAAUUAGCGUCAAAGUUAGCCGACACUUCCGCACUUAGGUAUUUUAAUGCAUCGCUAGAAUAUUUGCCUUUGGUUAAUUGCAAGAAUUUUACAUUUAAAAGCCGAAGUUAUUUUAAAUGUAUUGCUCAACACAUGUCUACAACACUUUAUCAUCCUGUAGGAACAGCUAAAAUGGGUCCUAAACGUGAUUUGACUGCAGUUGUUAGUCCAGAACUAAAAGUGCAUGGGAUUAAUAAUCUAAGAGUAGUGGAUGCUAGUGUCAUGCCAACAAUAAUACGAGGCAACACAAAUGCUGCAACCAUUAUGAUAGCAGAAAAAGCGUCAGACAUGAUAAAACACGACUGGUCAUGACUUUUAAGCUUCUAACGAGGGUUAAUUAAAUUAAGGUAAAUGAAUUAGUCAUAGCUUACAUAAAGUUUUACCUGGAAAGUACAAAACAAAGAAUAACAUAACUUUUAAAUGGAAGGUUUUAUACAAUGUUUUUUACUUAGCAUGUCAAAUUAGUGACACAAAUAAAAUUAUAAAUAUA